CCAAUCGCUUGAGGACAGAGUGGGAAAAGGAACAAGCAGAGUUAGAGUCAGGACAAAAGAAGUUAUAUGGACCGCUUAUAUGCAUACAUUUUAAUGUUUUAGAAAAUCGUGGUGGUGGGGGGAGAAACAAUAGCGGUGAGUGUGGAUGGACUUGACGGUGUAGUUAUGGAGCCCCCUUUGAGUAAGAGGAAUCCGGCGAUAAGAUUAGCGGAUUUGGCAGCGACUCAACCUCUUCCUCAUCAGAAUAUGACAGGCUUCCCGGGGCUAGGGGGGCAUCACCCUCACUCCCACCAUGCCCACCACCACCCUGGGGAGAUGGGCAACGACCCCGGAGUGGCACUCACUCCAUUUGGACCCGAGCACAUGGCACAGACAAAUGCUCUCAAACUUAGCCCCUCUCAGCACAUUCAGAGCCAUCCCGAAGCCCAGACCGCGGCAGCGGCAGCAGCAUCCUUCACUUCUGCUCAGACCACAGUUGGUUUCCCCGUGGCUCCUCACCCCCACUCAGGCUACUCUACCAGCAGGGACUACAUCCUCAGGAGAGAACUCUCAGCCUCGGCUAUGCAUGCACUUGGCGACCAGCAUAGUUCCGCCUCCUCCCCUCAUCACCAUGGCAUGUUCAUCUCCCCAACAGGUGCUUAUGGGCACACCGAGACUGGUGCCCAUCCACUUUUCUCUGGACUCCACGACCAGGCGGCCCCAGGUGCUCACCACCACCACCAUGCCCUCAACGGGCAGAUGCGUCUGGGUCUACCGGGGGACAUCUACGGCAGGCCAGAGCACUUCGGCCACAGGCCCGAGCACUAUGGACCAUCUUCCCUUCACAGCUACAACUCCAUGAAUCUCAAUGUGAAUAUCUCUUCUGCUCCUCACGGAGCCGCGGGGGCGUUUUUGAGAUACAUGAGGCAGCCCAUAAAGCAAGAGUUAAUCUGCAAAUGGAUUGACCAGGAGCAAACUUUAAAGAAGCCCUGCUCCAAAACGUACAGCACCAUGCACGAGCUGGUCAACCAUGUCACGGUGGAGCACGUCGGGGGACCCGAGCAGAGCAGUCAUGUCUGCUUCUGGGAGGAAUGUCCGCGCGAGGGGAAAGCUUUUAAGGCGAAGUACAAACUAAUAAACCACAUCCGAGUUCACACGGGAGAGAAACCCUUCCCUUGCCCUUUCCCGGGGUGUGGGAAAGUGUUCGCACGGUCGGAGAAUCUAAAGAUUCACAAAAGGACGCACACAGGGGAGAAGCCUUUCAAGUGCGAGUUUGACGGCUGCGACAGGAAAUUCGCCAACAGCAGCGACAGGAAGAAGCACUCCCAUGUCCAUACGAGUGACAAGCCUUACUACUGCAAAGUCCGAGGGUGUGACAAGUCUUACACGCACCCUAGCUCGCUGCGAAAGCACAUGAAAGUGCACUGCAAGUCGCCCCCGCCCCCCUCUGCCAACGCUUCAUACCAUUCCUCUACGAAUCCUCUCGGCGCUCCCCUUUCGCCCGCCUCCGAACCGCACAGGAACCGGUCAGCGAACCUCUCGCCUCAGGUUACCAAUCUUAAUGAGUGGUACGUGUGCCAGGGGAGCGGGGGACCCAACCACCUCCACACCCCUUCCAGCGAUGUGCCGACGUCGGACUCAGACGACGAGGACUCAUUCAGACAUUCAGACCCGAGAACAAUGCUCUAAUGUUUACAUAAACAACUGUUCAGAAGCGAAUUGUUUUCUAAUGGGUCAGAAGUGUAAUAAGAACGAAGUGCGUGGGGACUGCACUGACUUUAAGCAUAUCAAUUGGCCUUUACGAAGAAAGAAAUAGCGCCGCAGAUGUCAGAUGAUAAUGAAGAACAACUGCCUUUAAAACGUGCCAUCUCUGUUACCUUUCAGAAAGGUGAAUGUAUCAAUAUCUCAAGAAGUCUCAAUAGAGUAAAGUUACAAUCACAAGUAUUACUUGAGAAAAAGAAAAUCAUAUCCAUAGUCAUUUUGAAAACUUUAUUAUUUAACAUAGGACCAAGAGAAGCCAGAAUGUAGACUACUGGCAACAGAAAUACAAAGUCAUCUUAAAGGAGCUUUUGAAAAACACUUGUCUACAUGGGAUGAAUUUAUAUGCAUGCAUUAUUUAACAUGAUGGUCAUAACUGAUAAAUUAUACUUAAAUUGAUAUUUUCAAUAUGAUCGCAACAUCUCUAAAUGUAACAUGUCUUGUUCACCAAUGUCCAAUCCCAGACAGAUGGUAGAGAACAGAGGUUGUUGCUCAAGCAAAGUACCUGACAUGAGACUAAUGAAAAGCCCAUGAACACUAAACAUCCCAAAAUUGUGGAAUUGCAUUACAUUUUUAUUCUGAAUACCUCACAGUAGAUGCAAGACCUAAUGUAAGCAUCCAAUUGAUUUUCCAGCACCUGCAGACAGCAAAUGACAUGUUGCGCACGACUCAAAUACGUCAGAAAUAGGAAUUAAAAUAAUAAUGGCUAACAUUCAAGUGUCUUAAAGGGUUCAAACGUAGUUUUGAGAUUAUUAGAAUGACUAUGUUUGUAUGGAGUUUUGUUAUAUUUAAGAACUAUUUAAGACUAUAUUUUAUGCAAAAAAUAAAUAAAUCACAUCAGUGUUUCACUCGUUAAAUAGUACGAGUAAGUCCUUCGAGACCCUAUGUACGCGGACAGUUUUUGUCCCUGGACGUCAGAUUUGUGUGUGUGUGUGUGUGUGUGUGUGUGUGUGU